AUGAAAAAGCGAACAACAACAUUUCAUAACGGACUACUAGAUGCAGUGGGCGCUAUGUACAGUGAGCGUGAUCUUACGCGUGAACUUGAACAUGGUUACGACGUCACACACCGUGACUUUGUGACGUUCCUUCUUCAACAACCACCACCACAUCGUCGACGCCAGCGACUCCACCUCACCACCACGUCGCCGCCAUGCCACGGCAACGUUCACCACUGCAAACAACCCUCGCCGCCCAAACCCAACAACCACCGCCCAACAACCACACACAACGAAGACAACAAUCCAAACGGCGACCCACGUCCAACAAGCGAUCACACGAAGGGUGACCAGCGACCACGAAAAACGACGAACGACCAAACGAGUGACCAGCGGACCACGACCGCCCAACGACAACGACAAUCAGCAGCAAGCCAGGCCACGUCGCAACGGACGACGACGUAUGACAACUACGCGUACACACGACGAGACGACGUUGGCCACGACGACGACGACGAGGAAGAGGCCGGACAAACAACCAGACGACGAGGGGUACAAACGAUGGACGGCGACGACAUUGAGUGCCCACCACCACCCACACCCGGCGACGAGGUUCAGUACUCCACCCUCACCCUGUCUCUCUCACUGCCCACCACCCCCUCUACCUUACUGCCCACCACCCCCUCUCCCUCACUGCCCACCACCCUCACUCUCCCUCACUGCCCACUACCCCUCUCCUUCACUGCCUACCACCCCCUUCCCCCCUCCCUCAUUGCCUACCAACCCCCUCCCUCAUUGCCUACCACCCACCUCCCUCCCCCCUCUCUUUCCCCUUUCCCUGCCACCUCUCUCAUUGCUUACCACCCCAUUCCCCUCUCUCUCAUUGCCCACCACCCUCACCCCUCUUCCUCACUGCAUCUCCCUCACUCCCUUUUCCCUUUAUUUAAUAUUUAA